CGGCACCACCGGGGUGACCGGCAGGUCUCGCCCGCACCUCCGCUCUCGGCGGUUGGGAAGGGGCCGCCCGGCCCGCCGCGCCUCACGGGCACGGCCUCCAACGGCCGGCGGGCGGCUGCGGGGGCGCCCCUUUCCCGCCUCUCCCGCUCCCGCCCGCCUCCUCCCCGCUCCCUCCCCCGGCAGCUCCCCGCUCCCUCCCGCCGCGCAGAGCGCCGUGCCGUGCCGCGCCGUGCCGCGUCGGCGGGGGCAUGGAGAGCCAGCGCUGCUUCGCCAACCGCUUCGAUGACUACCCGGGCAGCCCGGCGGCGGCGCCGGACAGGGAGGCGGCGGUACCGCUGGUGACGGCCACCAUCGAACGGAUCCUACGGGAGCUGCCGCCCCUGGGCGGCCCCCGCGGCUGCCAGGGCGGGCUGUACGGCGGCGUGGCCGGCGUGGCCUACAUGCUCUACCACGUCGCGCAGUGCCCGCUGUUCGCGCCCUCGCGGGAGGCCUACCUGCGAGCCGCCCGCCGCGUCGUGGACGCCUGCCUGCGCUACCAGGAGGGCGGCGGCGAGGCGGACGCCGACACCCGCGCCGCCUUCCUGCUGGGGGGCGCCGGGGUGUACGCGGUGGCGGCGCUGGUCUACCGCGCCCUGGGGCUCCCCGACUUCGCCCGGCCGCUGGGCAAGUUCCGGGAGCUGAGCGAGGUCUGCGCCCCGCUCUCCUUCCUCGAGUGCGGCUCCGACGAGCUCUUCGUCGGCCGCGCCGGCUACCUGUGCGCCGCCCUGGUGCUGAAGCAGCGGCUAGGGAUGGAGGUGCUGACCCCAGCACAAAUAAAAUCAAUUUGCCUGGCCAUACUAGAAUCAGGAAAGCAGUACGCAGUGAAGAAGAGGAAACCAUUCCCACUCAUGUAUUCCUACUAUGGAACAGAGUAUCUUGGUGCAGCACAUGGGCUUUCAUCAAUCCUUCAGAUGUUGCUUUCCUAUUAUGAGUACCUGCAGCCAGCAGAUCAGGAGCUUGUGUGGCAGAGCGUUGAUUUUCUUAUGGACCAAGAACAGAACAGCAACUGGCCUCCUGAGCUGGGAGAGACAAUCGAGCGGGAGAAUGAGCUUGUACACUGGUGUCAUGGAGCUCCAGGCAUUGCAUACCUGUUUGCCAAAGCUUACUUGGUUUCCAAGAAGCCUCAAUAUCUGGACACUUGCAUCCGCUGUGGAGAGCUAACUUGGCAGAAAGGCCUGUUGAAGAAGGGACCUGGAAUAUGUCACGGAGUGGCUGGUAGCGCUUAUGUGUUCCUGCUGCUGUAUAGGCUCACCGGAAACUCAAAAUACAUUUACAGGGCGCAAAGGUUUGCAGAGUUCUUAUUUACAGAAGAAUUUAAGGCUGGCUCCCGGGCAUUAGAAAGUGUAUAUAGUCUGUAUGAAGGCUUCUCGGGAACUGUGUGUUUCCUGACUGACUUGCUGCAACCCAACCAAGCCGAGUUUCCUCUCUUCAGCGUCUUUGUCUAG